AUGAAGCUGAACCAGCUGAUGACGCUCACCUUGGUCUGCCUGGGUCUACUGGCCCUGUUCGCCCUCGCUGACGCCCAAGGAGUGUCGGACGAUUACGGAGGCCGCGGUAAUGACAAUGAUUGGCGCCCCCACCACGAUUGUUCCGAGGAUGACGAGGACGAAGACGACGGCAAGGAGUGCUACUGGAAGUGCCACAAGGUGUGCCGCCCCAAGAAGCCUUGCCACGGGUCCACUACGACCAGGAAGGAGACAACCACCACCCGGCAGCAGACCACCACGCCUGGUGAGACGACCACCACCAGGCAGCAGACCACGACUCCGAGGGAGACCACCACGACCAACGAGCAGACCACCACGCCUGGUGAGACGACCACGACCAGGCGGGAGACCACGACUACCAAGCAGCGGACCACCACGCCUGGUGAGACGACCACGACCAGGAAGCAGACGACGAGCCCGAGGGAGACCACCACGACCAAGGAGCAGACCACCACUCCUCGUGAGACGACCACGACCAGGCAAGAGACAACCACCACGCACCACCACUCGACCACCACGCCUGAUCAGUGUUCGACCACCACGCGCCACCACUCGACCACCACGCCUGAUCAGUGUUCGACCACCACGCACCACCACUCGACCACGACCCCCGAUCAGUGUUCGACCACCACGCGCCACCACUCGACCACGACCCCCGAUCAGAGCUCGACCACCACGCGCCACUACUCGACCACGACCCCCGAUCAGUGCUCGACCACCACGCACCAGCAUUCUACCACGACGCCCGAUCAGUGUUCGACCACCACUCGCCACCACUCGACCACGACCCCCGAUCAGAGCUCGACCACCACGCGCCACUACUCGACCACGACCCCCGAUCAGUGCUCGACCACCACGCACCAGCAUUCUACCACCACACAGCACCACUCCACCACGUCCCACCAGCCUGGUUGCAGCUCUACCACCACCAAGCAAUGCACGGAAGGGGAGAGCCGCGGCGAGUAA